AUGCGGAUAAUUUCCUCGGACGGCAACUCUGAGCAUUCACUGCAGGAUAUUCUUCGCAUCCAUGGUCAAAGUGGAGGAGCUACCGAAAUCCUUUUCACGCAAGCCAACCUAAAUUGGCGCAUCGUGGAUUUAGGUGGUCAAUCUUUAGAAAGAAGAAAGUGGAUGCCGUGCUUUGGAGACGUGGAUUACCUUAUCUUUGUGGUCCCGCUAUCGAGUUAUGACCAGUCUCUAGAUGAUGGUCACUGCACUCAGAACGAGAUGCGGGACGCAAUGAAGCUCUUCGACUCCUUCGCCAAUGGCGAUUACUUCAAAAGCAAACCCAUUCUACUUGUCUUGGACAAACUGGAUAUUUUCGAAGAAAAGCUUCGUCAUUCACCUAUCUAUGGACAUUUUCCUGAAUUCAACGACUCAGACACCACCUUGUGGGGUGCGGUGGAAUAUUUUGGCGGCCUUUUCAAGCAAAUCAAUAAAACACAGGGCCGUGACAUCUACGUUCAUUAUACGAAUACCACCGACACCGCCUCACUAAAGUCGAUGAUGGCUCUGAUGUAUCAAAUGGUUUGGGCACAAAAGCUUCGUUCCCAUGGUAUACUCGACGACUAG